AUGUCCGUGCAGGUGGCGGCCCCGGGAGGUGUGGGGCUCGGCCCGGAGCGCCCAAGCCCCGAGGAGCUGGUGCGGCAGACGCGACAAGUGGUGAAGGGGCUGGAGGCCCUGCGGGCAGAGCACCGGGGCCUGGCCGGGCACCUGGCGGAGGCCCUGGCGGCCCAGGGCCCGGCGGCUGGCCUGGAGCUGCUGGAGGAGAAGCAGCAGGUGGUGAGCCACUCGCUGGAGGCCAUCGAGCUGGGGCUGGGCGAGGCCCAGGUGCUGCUGGCACUGUCGGCACAUGUGGGCGCGCUGGAGGCGGAGAAGCAGCGGCUGCGGGCGCAGGCCCGGCGGCUGGCCCAGGAGAACGCGUGGCUGCGGGAGGAGCUGGAGGAGACGCAGCGGCGGCUGCGGGCCAGCGAGGAGGCCGUGGCCCAGCUGGAGGAGGAGAAGAGCCACCUGGAGUUCCUGGGGCAGCUGCGGCAGUACGACCCGCCCGCAGAGAGCCAGCAGCCUGAGUCCCCCCCUCGCCGGGACAGCCUGGCCUCCCUGUUCCCUAGUGAGGAGGAGGAGCGGAGAGGUCCUGAGGCAGCGGGGGCCGCGGCAGCCCAGCAGGGUGGCUACGAGAUCCCAGCCCGCCUCCGGACCCUGCACAACCUGGUGAUCCAGUACGCGGGCCAGGGCCGCUACGAGGUGGCCGUGCCGCUGUGCCGCCAGGCCCUGGAGGACCUGGAGCGGAGCUCGGGCCACUGCCACCCCGACGUGGCCACCAUGCUCAACAUCCUGGCGCUGGUGUACCGAGACCAGAACAAGUACAAAGAGGCCACAGACCUCCUCCACGACGCCCUGCAGAUCCGGGAGCAGACGCUGGGCCCCGAGCACCCUGCGGUGGCCGCCACCCUCAACAACCUGGCUGUCCUCUACGGGAAGCGCGGGCGUUACCGAGAGGCAGAGCCCCUGUGCCAGCGUGCCCUGGAGAUCCGGGAGAAGGUCCUGGGCGCCGACCACCCGGAUGUGGCCAAGCAGCUCAACAACCUGGCCCUGCUCUGCCAGAACCAGGGCAAGUUCGAGGAGGUGGAGCGGCACUACGCCCGGGCCCUGAGCAUUUACGAGGCCCUGGGCGGGCCCCAUGACCCCAACGUGGCCAAGACCAAGAACAACUUGGCCUCAGCCUACCUGAAGCAGAACAAGUACCAGCAGGCGGAAGAGCUGUACAAAGAGAUCCUCCGCAGGGAGGCCCUGCCCGCCCCGCUCGGAGCCCCCAACACAGGCACCACUAGUGACGCACAGCAGCAGACCCUUCGUCGGAGCAGCUCCUUCUCUAAGCUCCGGGAGUCCAUCCGGCGCGGAAGCGAGAAGCUGGUCUCCCGGCUCCGAGGCGAGGGGGCGGCAGGGGCGACCGGGAUGAAGAGGGCCAUGUCACUCAGCAUGCUGAACACGGAUGGCUCGAGGGCGCCCGAGAACCAGUUCCCCAGGCAGCACCUGAGCGAGGCCUCGCGGACCCUCAGCACCAGCACCCAGGACCUGGGCCCCCGCUAG